UAUAUACAUAAGUGAAGUACCUUUUGCGCUCACAAUCUACCAUAUGCAACCUCGAUAGCAAUCGUACUCGUAAGAUCAUUGCAAAUAGUCUUGUGAAAAACGAAUCAAAAUGUCUCGAGCCUUAACAAAGAAUGAAGCACAGCAGCAGCAGGUGCAGCAACAGCGGCAUUAUCAGAGAGAGGUAGAGACGCAGGAACAUCAUGCCAGUGCUCAGGCUUCGGCCGGUCUAAACCUCAACAUAUUCGGCGCUCUCUCCGGUGCCUUCUCUUCGAAAUCCAAGAAAACCACACACCAAAACGCCGACGGAUCAUCAGAGAGCGUGGAAGAUAGAUACGAGAACGGUGUUGCAAACGGCUCUUUCGUAGGACACGGCCAAGCCUACGCCCAAGGCUCUGCUGUCGAAGGCACUCGAAAGCAGAAAGUGCGAGAGCUGGAGCAAGGACAGCAGAGACAGCAGGCACGGCAGAUUAAGGGGAAGAAGGAGGUUGUAGAUCAUUUGGGUAUUGAGGGAUGAGAUGAGAUGAGAUAGUAGUUGUGUUUAGAUUGUAAUGACUUCUAGGGAGGGAUUUGAGUGAGUGAUUUGGUAAGUAAUGCAGGGUGUAAUGUCAAAACAGAGGGUGCAGUAUUGUAGAUGACAAUCUGAACUCGCUUUUUUAUGGCGUC